AUGGCGGAUAAGAAAAUAUGGGCUGAAUUAUCCAGACAAUUGGAUUAUUGGUUAAAUCAGGCUGACUUGAGCCAUGGUCCAGCCAGAGCAAUUAUUGCUCCACAUGCGGGUUACCAGUACUGCGGUGCAUGUGGAGGUCAUGCUUACAGACAAAUAAGCCCAGUUGUAGUACGGAGAAUAUUUAUUUUGGGCCCUUCCCAUCAUGUUCGCCUAUCAGGUUGUGCCUUGUCAAGUGCGCAAAAGUAUAAAACACCAAUAUAUGACCUCCAUGUAGACUCACAAAUUAAUAGUGAAUUAGAAAUGACGGGUCAGUUUGAGUGGAUGGAUUUAGAUACUGAUGAAAAUGAGCAUAGUAUUGAAAUGCACCUACCUUACAUAGCUAAAGUAAUGGAAAACUACAAAAAUCAAUUCACAAUUGUUCCUAUCCUCGUCGGGUCUCUCAGUCAUGAGAAAGAAGCUUGCUAUGGUAGAAUUUUGUCCAAUUACCUAGCCGAUCCUAAGAAUCUUUUUAUUAUAUCAUCAGAUUUUUGUCACUGGGGACACAGAUUUAGGUAUACCUAUUAUGACCGGUCUUAUGGUAAUAUUUAUCAAUCAAUUGAAGGACUGGAUAGAGUAGGUAUGAGUAUUAUUGAAAAUUUAAAUCCAACGGAAUUUACUAAUUAUUUAAGAAAAUACGGCAACACCAUUUGCGGCCGACACCCUAUAGGAAUACUUUUACAGGCAAUACAAGAAUUACUCAGGAACGAUAGUAGUCAACGUGCUAGUUUGAAAUUUUUGAAAUAUGCACAGUCAAGCCAAUGUCGCAAUAUGAACGAUUCUUCCUUAAAAAGAAUUAUUGAAUACAUUAAUUACAUAUUUGAUAGUUAUGUUGCUGCCAUUAGCAGUACUACUUUAGUGAAAUUGUUUUAUAGGAGAGAAUCAUAG